GAGCUCGAGGCCACCUCGGCGGUGGCAGCAGACCCGAGCUCGCAGGCAGCCAGACGUGAGGCCGCUCCUGACACUGUCCAUGGAUUUUGUUGCUGGGGCUUUUGGAGGCAUCUGCGGAGUUGCAGUGGGCUACCCCCUGGACACGGUGAAGGUCCUGAUCCAGACCGAGUCCAAGUACACGGGCAUCUGGCACUGCAUCCGGGACACGUACCGCCAGGAGCGGGUGUGGGGCUUCUACCGGGGUCUCUCGCUGCCCGUGUGCACGGUGUCCCUGGUCUCGUCCGUGUCUUUCGGCACCUACCGCCUCUGCCUGGCACACACCUGCAGGAUCAGGUACGGUCGUGCUGACGCCAAGCCUGCCAAGGCCGACAUCACGCUCUCGGGAUGCGCCUCCGGCAUUGUCCGUGUGUUCCUGACGUCGCCCACUGAGGUGGCCAAGGUCCGGCUGCAGACACAGACGAUGCAGCGGCGGCCCUCAGCCUCCUGGCCCUCUGCUGGCCCUCCCGUGUGUCCAGGGCCUGGGCCCAGGUACCACGGCCCGCUGCAUUGCCUGGCCACGGUGGCCCGUGAGGAGGGGCUGCGGGGCCUGUACAAGGGCAGCUCGGCCCUGCUCUUCCGGGACGGCCACUCCUUUGCCACCUACUUCCUCUCCUAUGCCAUCCUCUGUGAGUGGCUCAGCCCCGCAGGCCGGAGCCAGCCAGAUGUCUUGGGUGUGCUGCUGGCCGGAGGCUGCGCGGGGGUGCUGGCCUGGGCUGUGGCCACCCCCAUGGACGUGAUCAAGUCGCGGCUGCAGGCGGACGGGCAGGGCCAGCGGCGCUACCGGGGCCUCCUGCACUGCGUGGUGACCAGUGUGCGUGAGGAGGGGCCGCGCGUCCUCUUCAAGGGGCUGGCGCUCAACUGCUGCCGCGCCUUCCCCGUCAACAUGGUGGUGUUCGCCGCCUACGAGGCCGCGCUGAGCCUCGCCCGGGGCCUGUCCACAUAGUGGGGCCUGGGGCCCCGCGGGCUGUGGUAGUCAGAGGUGGCCAAGGGGGCAGUGGUUGGGCUCAGGGCCCCCACACGGCCUCACCUAGGACACCUGGAGAGCCGCUUGGGGUCCACCUGUGCCAUCCCAGGGUCGGCCUGAGGGCCCAUGAGCCAGGGAGCGCGGGCUCUGAUACGUGGAGUCAUUUGUCCAACUGCUCUGCAGAGAACCCCCUCUGCUUGACCAGCUGUCGGCAUGGUCACUCAAUACUCACACCCCAUCCAGCUCCCACUGUGUUCUGUGUGCUCCUCACGACUGUCCCCUUGGGGGCAGCUUGGCUGGUCUCCUGGCCACAGAGCGGGGCUGGGGAGCAGGGCGCCUGCGUGGUCGUGUGCCUGCACCAGACCAGCUUGUUCCUUGCCCCAGGCUGCUCCGAGGGCACGGCUGGGGCAGCUGUGCCCACCUGGGCUUGGGCUCUGGCAGGGGCCCGAGGCCACAGUCCUUGUGAGUUCUCGCCACACACCCUCACUCUGCCUGUAGACACUGUGCCUGCCACACACAGACUGGCAGGUCGGGAGCUGAUGUCAAUAAAACAUUUUGGUGGAUGUUCA